AUGUUGACUGUCCAUAAAAUGCAUUUUAGCAUCUUUCUCCUGCUGUGGGGAUGGAUUUUAUCCACUGAAUGCAGAACCCACCGACAAGGAAAAGAAAUACAUGAGGUAUACAAAAAAGGCAGCCGGCCGCAGCGGCAGAGGCGGGAGGCCCACGGCGAGGCGCACAAGCAAGGCAGCCCAAUCUUAAAGAGAAGCCCUGACAUCACCAAAUCUCCCCUGACGAAGUCAGAGCAGCUGCUGCGAAUAGAUGACCAUGACUUCAGCAUGAGACCAGGUUUUGGAGGCCCUGCAAUCCCUGUUGGGGUGGAUGUUCAAGUUGAAAGUCUGGACAGCAUUUCUGAGGUGGACAUGGACUUCACCAUGACGCUUUAUCUGAGGCACUACUGGAAAGACGAGAGGCUGUCCUUCCCCAGCACCAACAACCAAAGCAUGACCUUUGAUGGCAGGCUGGUGAAGAAGAUCUGGGUCCCCGACAUGUUCUUCGUCCACUCCAAGCGUUCCUUCAUCCACGACACCACCACGGACAAUGUCAUGCUGCGGGUCCAGCCAGAUGGGAAGGUACUUUAUAGCCUCAGAGUUACGGUAACAGCAAUGUGCAACAUGGAUUUUAGUCGCUUUCCCCUGGACACGCAGACAUGUUCCCUGGAGAUUGAAAGCUAUGCCUACACUGAAGAUGACCUUAUGCUCUACUGGAAGAAUGGGAACGAUUCCCUUAAAACAGAUGAGAGGAUAUCGUUGUCCCAGUUCCUGAUUCAAGAGUUUCACACCACCACAAAGCUUGCCUUUUACAGCAGCACAGGGUGGUACAAUCGCCUCUAUAUAAACUUCACAUUACGCCGACACAUCUUCUUCUUCCUGCUUCAAACCUACUUCCCUGCCACUCUCAUGGUCAUGUUGUCCUGGGUGUCCUUCUGGAUUGAUCGACGAGCAGUUCCUGCCAGAGUCCCAUUAGGCAUAACCACCGUGCUGACCAUGUCCACGAUCAUCACUGGGGUGAAUGCCUCCAUGCCUCGUGUUUCCUACAUCAAAGCAGUGGACAUUUACCUGUGGGUCAGUUUUGUGUUUGUCUUCCUCUCGGUGUUGGAAUAUGCGGCUGUGAAUUACCUGACAACGGUGCAAGAGCGGAAGGAGAGGAAGCUUCGGGACAAGCCUGCCUGUGCGUGCAGCCUACCUCAGCCUCGGCCCAUGAUGGUGGACGGCAGCUACAACGACGGGGACGUGAACGAGCUGGGGCACUUCAUGUCCGAGGAUGGGGACAAGCAGGACCGGAUGAUGGUGCAGCUGGCGCUGGGCUCGGAGAGGGGCUCGGCCAGGAGGAAAAACCAGAGAUACGUCAGCAUGCGGAUCGACACCCAUGCCAUCGACAAGUACUCCAGGAUAAUAUUCCCUGGGGCGUACAUUCUAUUUAAUUUGAUAUACUGGUCCAUUUUUUCAUAAAGAUUCGUAACUUCCAUAGUCGCAGAGCUUUCUUUUUGACAUGAAACGAAAGUACGGUCUCACAGGCUAACAGAAAGAAAAUAGGGAAUUGUUUUAAUUAGAAGGACAAUUGAUUUUUUUUUUCUGGAAUUUAAUCUUCUUUUAUUAGAGGCAACUCAUCUGUGGCAUAAAUAAUUGUGGAAGUUUCACAUGUCAGCAAAAUAUAGGAUAUGCAGUCUAAAAUUUUAUACUUAUUUUGAAAUGUGCUAUGUUCCUUCUUGUGCCUCACAGGCCACUGUAAACUAUUUUAACAAGUGACUGUAAUUGCCAGUUGCUUAUAUAUGGUGCAUCCUCCAUUUUGUGCCCCUGAAAUCCUAAUUCUCUGAGUACCUGAGUGCAUGCAUACAUCUCUCAGCUCAGCAGACUGACCACAUUCAAUACCAAUAAAUACAAGAAUAUGCAAAUACUUGCAUGUUUGCAGGACGAGGUCAGAAAUGGUAAUUACAAACACAAAAUAUCCAGUACUGGGAAAUGCUUUGGCAAGGUUACUGAUGGCUACAUCUUUCACAGCUUAAUGCAUGACUCAUUAGCAGUACUGCAUUGACAGGUCCACGUAGCAAUACUUUCAGACUUGUUCUUUGUCUUAAUAGUAUUUAAAACACAGAAAUAUUUCCAAACUGUCUUGACUAAGUUUUUAAAAUAUGAGUUGCAAUGUACAUUUAAUAAGGAAUGAACAAAAGCCUGACUUCCUGUAACGUUAACUAAAUGCUCUGGGAAACACAGGAACUCUCCUUGGAUCUAGUAGUUUAGCUCUUGAGUUUCCUGGGAAUGGGUUUCUCUACAAAAUGAUCCGGUGGAAAUGAUCUGUUGUCUCGGAAAAAAACCCCAAACUACUUCAGGAGAAGCCUCUUUCCUCUGAUAUAGUCUGGGCAUCACCAGCCUGUAUGAGCCUGAAAACCUGUUGCAGCCUGCAAUGCCAGCAGUAGUUGUACUCGCUUCCAGGAAAAUCCAGGUUCAUCUGUUUGCAGUAAAAGCACAAUAGAAAGGUGCUCAACAGCUGACAAAGCAGUAGUAAGGACUUUACAAGGGAUACCAUGCCAAAACCUUUGGAAUGAAGUAAGAAAACGGCUUCCACCAUAAGACAGCAGCUCCACUGCAGACACAGGUACAACUAACAGAAUCUGCUUUCGUGCUGCAUCGUCCUCCAGCAUCCUGCAGCCCACCAUGCCCUCAGAGAAGGGUUAGCACCUUCCGAGGUAGAGCAAGGGGACGCGGCUGGAGCUGGGGGCAGCUGGCACUGAUUUAAGUCCCAGCUCUCAACCCAGUGUCUGCAGAGCAGCCAGCCAGUGUGAAUACACUCCAUAUGGAAAAGACAGAAUCUGUAAUACAGAAGUGAUAAAAUAGUUCAGAAAAACAAGAAUCAGUUGAAUGGAAUCAGGGGCCUUUACAACACCAGCAGCACCAAAGGUGUCUCAGAGUUGUGAUCAUUCAGUUGUUCUGCUGUUACGUGAUAUACACCAGUGUUCACAAAGCUACCUGAGGGUUUGCAUUCACAGGACUUUAAACACACACACACGCUUUUGCACACAGCUGCAGAAUUCAUUACUGCCUGCACAGCAGAUAUUCUUGUGUUUUACAGCUGGAACUGCUCUGAGCAUCAGACCAAAGCAGUUUUGACUUCACAAGGAGAGUGAAUCUUCUUACAGGACACCUGCCCUGGCCUGCCUGUUCUGUCACUCUACCAUCAGCUGUGUGACACAGUCAUUGCAGUUGUUUGAACACUGCUGGUUGUUGUUUUUAUUUCCUAUGUAAAAAAAAGUUACAUAAACAUACGCAGCAUUUCUUACAACUGCUAAAUUGUGACCUGAAAAAACUACCUACACUAAUCUCACACUUACAGCCUACACUCCAUAGCUAAGGCAGUUAAAUCACAAAAACUAAAAAUCAUUGAGACACACCUACCCAUGAGAUAGUUAUACUACCUAUUUCUACAGGGUUUUUUCCCUACAUGCACAGAUACUAUCAUACCUUUGUUUUAU